AACCAAAGACAUGUUUUUGGAGUAGGAGCGGGACAGCCGGUGGACUGCACUGUAGGACCUGGAGAGGAGGAGCCAAUGUGACCACUGAGAAUCACCCAGCAUGACCUCUCCACAUCCACUGCUCUGUCACCCCAUGGUGUCUGUCUCUAAUGGGGUGUCGCAUGUAGAGGAAGAUGAGGAUGAAGAUGAACAGGGGGAGAAGUUUGAGUUUGACGACAGUGAUGACGGCUCUCCAGAGACGAGCUCUGGCUCUCUCAUUAACAGUGAAUGGGCCACAAACACAACACAGUCAGAGCUUUAUGCCAAGACAAAAACAGCUGAAGAGAUGGCAGGGCGAGGCGUGAGUGGAGCCGCCAGUGGAGGGCAGGAGGGCCACGACCCCUCCCUGACCCACCAGUUCUGCUCAGAUAUGGAAGUCAGAGAGUCACCAGAGGGGCGUUCCACCUCCUCUGAUCUGGGAGUGACGGGAGAGUCGGAGAGUUUCUGGAAAGCGAACAGUGUUUGUGAAGGAAAGUCCUCUUUCAUGCCAGAAAGUGGUUUGGAGUCCAGCAGUGCAGUAAAUGGGUACAAUCUACAACAAGACUCUGCUGAGAAUGAGGCAUCCUCUUCAGUCAGUCCGCAGACUGAACAUCACACAGCUGGUGUAGACAGACCAGCCAACCAGAGCACAAUGACCUGCAGCCCAGACAGUGAGGUCGGAGACCCAGAGGUCAUCUAUGAUGACGUGCCUGCUGAAAACUUACAGCACCCAGUGGAAGAUGACAUCUAUGAGGACAUCCAGAGACCUGAUCACCGUGGCUCCAAUGGCUGGAGCUCCAGUGAGUUUGACAGUUAUGAUGAACUGUCUGACAGUGAGACUGUUUCUCCUCCGGCCCGCAGCAGCAGCAAGCUUCCUGUAGAUGUGCUGAGGUUGAAGGAGCGCUGUGCCAUCACCACGAGGGAGCUGGCCGUGCGUCUCAGUACACCUCAUGCUGCUCACAUCAGACAGAGCUGUGACACUAAGGUGCAGCAGUUCAUGAAAGCAGCAAGAAACGGUACCAAGGAUGGUUUAGAAAAGACACGGUUGGCCAUGAUUCGCAAAGUGUCAUUCCUACAGAGGAAAGACUCCACAGGUGAGGGAAAGGACGAUGCAGGUUACAUGGACAUGUCUGUCUGUGAGUUAAAGCACCCUCCACCGCAGCUCUGCCCCAUGCCAGAGGGGCUCAGCAGUCAGCAGGUUGUCAGACGUCUCAUCCUCAGCUCCAUUGUUCAGAGUGAGAGCAGCUACCUGGACUCUCUGAAGAGAAUCCUCCAGGAGUACCAGAAGCCUCUGCUGGAGACACAAAACUUGAUCCUGAACCCUAAGAAAGUGCGUCAGAUCUUUUACCGUCUGCCGGAGAUCCAUCAGUGUCACUCAAUGUUCCAGAUUGCCCUGGCGUGCCGUGUGGCUGAGUGGGAUCACAGCGAGAAGAUCGGAGACCUGUUUGUGGCCUCGUUUUCGAAGUCCAUGGUGUUGAACGUGUACAGUGACUACAUCAACAACUUCACCAACGCCAUGGCACUGAUCAAGAAGGCCUGCUUGUCUAAACCUGCGUUCCUGGAUUUCCUCAAGAAGAAACAAGCAUCCAGUCCAGACAGAAUCACUCUGUACGGCCUGAUGGUCAAACCCAUCCAACGCUUCCCUCAGUUCAUCCUGCUGCUGCAGGACAUGUUGAAGAACACUCCCAAGUCCCACGCCGACCGACUGCCGCUGCAGCUGGCUCUCACUGAGCUGGAGACUCUGGCCGAGAAACUCAACGAGCAGAAGCGAGUGGCUGAUCAGGAGGCUGAGAUCCAGCAGUUGGCUCACAGUGUGGGGGACCGCACCUUCAACAAGCUGCUGAACCCGGAGCAGAGGCAGCUGAUUCAGUGUGAACUGCUGACUGAAAUUGUUUAUGGUGACAACGGUCAAAUCCUCAAGUCGAAGGAGCGGAAGGUCUUCCUGCUCAAUGACACCCUGAUCUGUGCCAACAUCAACCUGAAAGGUCCCCCUGACAUCAGCAGCCUGGUCCCUGUUGGUCCUAAGUACUCAGUGAAGUGGUUUGCCCCCCUGCUGCAGACUCAGGUGGUGGAGGUGGGACAGGACAGUCUGCAGAGCCGGGACAGUGUCGUCACAGCCAGACGCCUCAGCUCCAUCUCCAGCACCAGCGGUAAAGUCUUCCUGGGCCCCCCCAGACUGUACCAGGAGCUGGAGGAGCUGCAGCACGACCUGGCUGUGGUGGAGGAGGUCUCGCUGCUGGUGGGGACGCUCAAUGGGACCUACCAGAAUCUGAACACCACGGUUUCUCAGGACUGGUGUCUGGCUCUGCUGAGACUCAUCCGUCUAAAGGAGGAGGAGAUCCAGAACGCCAACAAGUGUCGGCUGCGUCUGUCUGUACCAGGCAAACCUGACAAGUCUGGUCGUCCAGUGAGCAUCAUGGUGGUCUUUAACACUCCCAGUCCCCUCAGUAAGAUCUCCUGGGUGAACCGGCUUCACCUCGCCAAGAUCGCUCAGAGACAGGAAAACGCUCCGGGGUGGGAAUGUGCUGAAGAAGAUGGAAAGACAAAAGCUCCGUUUAGUUUUCCACUGUUGACCUGCAAACUGCCGGUUUUCUCUUCCAAAACACUGAAGCUGGAGGCAGCCAUUCACAGCCCGUCUCAGUCCAGCCUGCUGGGUUUCUGCUCUGCCAGUACAUCCUUACCACAGGGUUACCUUUGGGCUGCUGGUGGAGGACGCGUCUCCACCCAUGGCCAAGUGGAGAUCUUCUCCCUGAACCGUGCCACUCCUCGCCUGGUCAAGACCAUCCCGCUGAGAGCCCCAGUCCUCUGUCUGGAGUACAUGAAGGAGCCGUGUCCCAGCACAGAGGAGGAGGCUGAGAAGGCCCAGAAUGCUGCCAAGAUAGGAAACAUCAUCUGUGUCGGUCUGCAGGACGGCAGCAUCCAUGUGUACAGCAGUGUGGACACAGCUGUUCAGUGUCUGCUGACCUUGGUGAACCCUGACAGCAGUCCAGUCCUCUGCCUCAAACAUUUGCUGUCUUUCCUCUUUGCUGGACUGAACAACGGCAAAGUAGCUGUGUACCACAGAAAGUCUGGAGAGAGAUUGUUGGACCAGGAGUCAUGCAGGCUGGUGUCUCUGGGCUCUGAGCCGGUCUGCAGUCUGUUGACACUUGAAGAUGCUGUAUGGGCCAGCUGUGCAAACCAUGUCACUGUCAUCCAAGUUCCCAGUCUCCACACACAGAGUUUUGAAGCCCACCCUGAUCCAGGCUGCAGUGUUACACACAUGGUUCGUUCAGGGGGGGGUGUUUGGAUGGCCUUCACCCUGGGCUCAUCCCUUCACCUGUUCCACACAGAGACUUUGGAACCACUGCAGGAAGUCAACAUCUCCACCCGCACUGCCCACCUGACACCAGGCAAGUCCAGACAAGAACCCAGAGUUUGUGUCUCCAGCUUGCUGAUCUGUCAGGGCCUGCUGUGGGUGGGGACCGGUCAGGGCGUCAUCCUCACCUUCCCUGUACCCACCCUGGAGGGCAUCCCCAAGAUCACAGGUAAAGGCAUGACAUCUCUGAACGCUCACUGUGGUCCAGUGGAUUUCCUGAUGUCGACCUCCAGCACUCUGGCCUCUGACUUGCUCAGACGGGACUCCAUCCUCAACAGCAGAGAGGAAGGGGUUAACGGAGAAGGAGGGGGAGGCCCAGGAGGUAAAGGUGAUGUGGGAGGAGAUGAAGGAGGGCAGAGGCGGGAACAGAACAACUACCCCCAUAACUCAGAGGCAACUCCACCGAGGGAGCAGAAGCCCAAGCGGCUGUUGCUGCAGUACCGCCUCCACUCCACCUGCCAGCUGCCCGGGAAGCUGCUGACCGCCCAGCCCGACCAGGGGAACCCGAGAGCCCCCCCAGACUCGCUCGAGCACUGCCCAGAGGAUGGCUCCAUUUAUGAAGUGAGCGAGGACCCUGACGUGUGGGUGAGGGGGCGGUCUGUGGAGUUGGGAAGGGAGGGGGAGGCCAGGCGGAAUAAAGUCACCUCUACAGCCAUCUUCUCCGGUGGCAGAGGAUUUCGAAGGAUAGGACAGACGGCCUCUGCAGACACCAGCUCAGACUCCAGUGAAAAUACACUGCUGGUGUGGCAGCUUCCUCUAGCUCUUAGCCAAUGACAGACAAGCAUGUCACCUGACUGAGUAACUGUGAGUCUAGACACACCUGUGGACUCCUCUUGUCUGAAGUCAAAGGAGCCGUCACCUUUGACAGUUUGAUGUUUCCUCUGGUUUCAUUUCAGUGGUUUGGUUUUGACUGGUGAAAAUCAAGUAAUGUAACAAGCUAACGCUAGAGGUAUCAUUGCUUGUGAAGCCUACCUAUACUUUAGUCAGCAGCUACCUCCAGGAAUGUGGGACAUUGGGGAGACCAACUGUUUCCAGCUCUUUCCAGAUGUGAUCAUGACAUUUAACUGUAUCAGUUUCUCACACUGGGCCCAGUUUUCAGAGUUGGCUCUACUGAGGCUUUAUAUCUGUUUUACAUGCAUAGAUGUGAUGCAUGCAGCCCCAGACAGGUGGUGGAUUUUCUCUAGUGGGACAUAUGCAUUUAGGAUUAGAAUACUGCAACAUUUUGGGUAAUAGGAUUAUCUUCUUUUUUGUGGCAGUGGGAUUAGAUAGUCAUUUUCAUGUCAUUAAGUGUUAAGUAUGGAGCUACACUGAGUUAUAUGCUGGAACUGUUUCUUCACAAUCAACAGCCCAGUGCAGUGGCUGUGUACAGCUUCCUGAAGAAUCAUCUUCACAUAACUGUGUUGAGAUAAAGCAACAAUAAAUGCAAAGUCCAUCAAUUAAAAUGUACUCUGAGUAACGUUACUGCGUUACAUUUUUAAAAUGGGGAAGGGGAGAGGUAAAAAUAUU